AUGAGAAGAGGUAGAGGAAAAGGCAAGAAGCAGAACGCUACCGCUAGAGAAGAUCGAGGAAGCGGUGAGGAAGAAAAGAUUCCAGCUUACAGGAGAAGAGGGAGGCCACAGAAGCCGUUGAAAGAUGAAAUCGAAGGAGAAGACGAGCUAGUGGACAAGGAAGAAGAGAAGGACGAUGAUAUGAAUGGUUCUGUGACAAGUAAAGAAGAACUGACAGAGAAUGGGAGGAAGAGGAAGAAAUCAGUGGAGUCUAAAGAGAGCAAUAUAACCGAAGAAGAGAAUGGGUUAGGAUCGAAAUCAAGCACGGAUGAUUCGAUGAAAUCGUCAUUGUCUAUUGGGUUUAGACAGAAUGGAAGCAGAAGGAAGAACAAACCAAGGCGAGCUGCUGAAGCUGUUGUUGAAUGUAAUGGGGUUUGA